UCUGCUUGUUCUUGGAAAUAUGAACUAAUAUAUGAAUUUUUAUGUAAAAUUCGUUUGUUUUCUUGGGUUUUAGCUGAGGUUUUGUGAUCUGGGCUUGAUUUAUACGUACUAGUGCUGGUCAAAGCUGGGUGAGAAAAAUUUGGUGGUUGCUAAUCCAUUGUAUUGGUAGGGUAUAUUGAUUGGUUGAUAGGAAUUCUGAGGUUUUAAGGGCCUGUGCUGGGAUUUGGGUUUUGUCUUGUUUGUCGGUUUUGGUGAUCUUAUUUCUGAUGGAAUCUUGAUGGCAUGUGUUUGGGAUGUGCAAACUGCCACUUUGAGUUCAGGAAGUAUCAGUUGGAAGUCUGAGGGUAUUAUUUCAGGUAAAUUGUGGAGACUGCACUUGCUAGAUCAGAUGAACUUGUGAGCCUUGAAACGGACGUUGAGUUUCGAGCUUUCUAAUUGAACUCAUGCGGCGUUUCUUUGACUUGCCUAGCUGGACAGAGUCAAACAUUGUGCCUCCUUGUGGAGAUUCAUAGUUGAGGGGAUUCUUCCGCGGCUCUUUGUUGAAAAUGGCACUGGUUUUGUUGAUUCUUUUCAUGCUUGUGCAAUCACCUAGGAUAUUUGCUUCUGAGUUGUGGAAGCAUGGAAAGGCCUGUGGAACAUACCAUAUCAGCCACUUGGAUGAUCCUGGUCAUGAAUUGUUUCAUAUAGAUGGGAAAUUGGUGGACAGAUAUUUCUUCUGUAAGACUUUGAGAGGCUAUCAUGAGAGACAUUGCUUCAUCCCGGAAAAUAUCCGAGACCGGUACUGCCAGUCAUUAGACAAAUUGCCUUUGCUGGCAGGAAGAAAAUCUUUGAAAACUGUGGUUGGAGAGGGAUAUAGUGAGGUUGGUAAUGAUAAAACAUCUGUGGACAGAAAGAAUGAGUAUGAUGAUUCGAUACUAAAACCCAAAAUGCUGGCCAUGGCAGUACCAGCUUUCUUCCUUUUAUCUUGUGCAUUCUUUUGUCCGUGCUUCCAAGCAAGGAAAAGAGAAGCUGCUCAUACUGUUCUCUCUAAGGAGCCAAUUUCAAUGGAUUCAAUUUCAUCUUUGGAAAUGAAUUCUGCUUCUGAGAAGUUUCCUGGCAGUCCAAUGAGAGUUCCUCCCAGUCCAAUGAGAGUUCCGCCCAGUCCUUCAAGAUUUUCCAUGUCACCAAAACUUAAUAGGCUUGGAUCCAUUCAUCUAAAUAUGAGCCAAGUUGCUAGGGCAACAAAUAAUUUCUCUCCAUCAUUACGAAUAGGUGAAGGAGGGUUUGGAACAGUCUACAAGGCUGAGCUACCCGAUGGCCAGGUUGUUGCUAUCAAGCGAGCAAGAAAGGAACAUUUUUCUGCCCUACACACUGAAUUUAGAAGUGAAGUUGAACUUCUGGCUAAAAUUGAUCAUCGGAACCUAGUCAAGCAUCUUGGCUAUGUUGAAAAAGGAAUGGAACGUCUGAUUAUCACAGAGUAUGUGCCCAAUGGUACCCUCAGAGAACAUCUAGAUGGUCUUAAGGGGAAGAUUUUGGAUUUCAAUCAGCGCCUUGAGAUUUCCAUUGAUGUUGCUCAUGGCCUAACAUAUCUCCAUCUAUAUGCAGAGAAGCAAAUUAUCCACAGAGAUAUUAAGUCCUCCAAUAUUCUCUUGACCGAAAGCUAUAGAGCUAAAGUUGCAGACUUUGGUUUUGCGAGGCUAGGAGAUGACUCUGACAAAACACAUGUUUCAACCAAAGUAAAGGGCACAGUCGGUUACCUGGAUCCUGAGUAUAUGAGAACAUAUCAACUCACAACCAAAAGCGAUGUUUACUCAUUUGGGAUAUUGUUAGCAGAAAUCUUAACUGGCCGCCGACCUGUGGACCUGAAGAAACCACCUGAUGAGAGGGUGACAAUUAAAUGGGUAUUUCGAAAAUACAACGAAAGACGAUUUGCAGAGAUGGUAGACCCUCUGAUGAAUGAAAGUAUAAACGAGGAAAUCCUGGUGAAGAUGUUUGAUUUGGCCAUCCGAUGCGCUGCACCUACACGAGCUGAUCGUCCGGACAUGAAAGCAGUAGGGGAGCAAUUAUGGGGUAUUAGAAUGGACUACUUGAGAAGUGAUAGGAGAGGGUGAUUGGUUGCAUGAACACAAAGUUGUGAUGUGUGGAUGGUUUCUUCAACAGAGUGUGAUAGAAUUGGUUGUAUCAGUUGGUUCUCAAGGAAAUCUUAGAAUUUGUCAUGUUUCUAAUUCAGGUUGCCUUUAGUAAAUAUUCAUCUUCUUUCCA